CGCCAGUUUUUCCUCGAUCUUGGCCGUGUGCGGUUGCCAUUGAAGUGCGUGUCUGCGUUUGUUCGUUCGUUCAUUCGUUCGUUUGUUCGUUUUCUUCUCUAUUUUCCUUAGUCCUGAGUGACUGACCGUGUGGCGAAGGGGGAGGUGAUUUCGUUUCCCGUGCUAUCUGCCUCCUACAUGUUUGUCUGGUUUCUGUGUAGUUUUUUCCGGUUUUGAUUUCGCUAUCUGAACUAAAAUAGCCCCAGUAGAACGCGUUUCGGUGUCUUCGAACGGUUGAAGAGACACAAUCGAGUGAAAACGGUUUUGGGAAGUAAAUGAGAUAAGGCUAGUCUUUGGUGACAGGCAAAACUAAAUAUUGUGGUUGUGUGAUUUUGAAAAUGUCCAGUGUGAUAUGAAUGUGACAGUUUUGGCGCUGAACGAGUGGUUUAGAAAAAAAAGUGAUUUGCACGUUUUGUUAAACCGUCGAUAUUAUUGGAUUCUGUUGAAUGCCGUAAAGUGUGAUUUUCCGAAUAACUCAUGUUUCGAGAUAACAACUCAUGGUUUUUCGUUUGAGACACCGAUUCCUUCAACAUAAGAAAAAGCAACAUGGCGUAAGAACGCACAGGAAAAAUCUGCUCUGCUCAAUUUACAAUUAAGUUACGAUUCCCAGCAAAACCAAUCUCAUCGAACCGUGUUACUUCCAAGCAUCAAUGCAAGAUGGCACUGGUGAUGUUACCAUGCGAUCUACCCUGGUGGUCCAACGUCCAGAAGAAACUGAUCCAGAUCGAGGAAGCACUCUCACUGGAUGUGAUCCUCGAAGUGAUGCAGAAGUUGCAUGAACUAUGCAACGUAAGUCUCGAUCCGGAGGACGACGGUAAGGACAGUGGCGUAUUCGAUGGUCUGCGACACUUUGUCGAACAAACGCUGUCCGAGGAGGAGCGGAUACACUUUCUGCAUCACACCAUGAAACAUAUCGCCCGACAUGCGCGGGAUCUCAAACUGCACCGUCCACCGCGAGGGCUUAGUUUCAGCCUGCAGCAACAGCCCGAUAGCUACGAGCUCGGUUACCGGCUGGUGGCGUCCCUCCUGGCGAAUGCAUUCUUCUCCACAUUUCCAAAACGUACCGAAAAAACUCACCCGACGCUACAAGACUUCAAUUUUACAUAUUUUUUUAGAGGUUUAGUAGACAAUAACGUACAAAAGGCCAAAUUCCGGAGUUUCCUCAAUUAUUUCGACAAACUGGCAGCCAACCCUCAGAUGCUAGAUGGAACACUGAAAAUAAGUAGAAAGGUUCUGACCGGAAAGCAAUGGCUCACGAUCGAGGACUGGCUUGAGUGUGGAUUGCCGUUAUGUGACGUCGAAAUCAAACACGAAGGUCGUCUAGACAAAGCCAGCACGGAUACGAUGCAGACUGUCUUCGCCAAUGCUCGAUUGGGGGGCAACGUUCUGGCGGCCGGUGAUUCUCAAGAAUCGGUACAGUUUUUCACCUUUCCCGAAUUGUUGGCUGUGCUGUUGUACGUGGAGGCUUUAGAAGACAACGAGUCGCUGCAGAUUGAAAAUGCUCACCACAUGGCUCGGAUACUGGAACCACGCGGAAGGGCACUGUUUGAAACCAUCGAGGAGCCCAAAAAGACGUCUUUGUGUUGUAUAGACGCCGAAAACUAUCGAGCGAUUCCUUCGCACCAGUUCGAGGAAGAUGAUAUCCUACGUGAGCUGAACAAGUGCCUUCUAGCUUUUAGACAGAAUACAACGUGUCCCGUGGUGGAACUGAAGCCCAGCGAAAAGCAACGACCGACUCGAUUAGACCAGUUGGAAACGAACUCCGGCAUCGGUAGGCUGUCGCCAAUCGGAGAACGAGACCGGGAAGGUUCGACGCCUGGGUCACCAGAUGUGUACACUACCAUCUUCAUUCGGCAGCCCACUUCUAACUCGAAACGUUCCAGCAGUGACUCGAAUAAGUUGGAGAAAGACAUCAAUAAGAGGCGUUCGUGGCUUUCGCCAGAGAGACCAAUGGGCAAUGGAUCACCGUUGAAUAGUUCAACGGGGUCAACGAGUGGCGUAGUAACGGGAGGUCAUCGUGGAAAGUUUAUAAUUCUAGGUUCAUCGGGUGAAUGCCUUCCGGUGAAUCGACAUCCGCUACAAAUUCCAACCGGCAACGAUUCGUUUUCGAGCUGUGAAUCCAGCAACGACGAAUUCCAUAGUGCUCGGGGCAGUUUCGACGACGAGGACGAAGAAGUGCUGCGAGUCGGGAAGUACUCAACCGAACUGGACACUCCGGAAAGGAGGUACAGUUUUGCUCAAAAACUGCGUGAAGCACUGCAGGACAAUAAUUCUGGUAGUAUGGAAGAUAGCAACUAUGCGGUAGGGAUUAGUGUGACGGGAUCUCAAACGAAGGAUGCCGACAUUCGCGUGAGAAGAGGAGGCUCGUAUGGGUUCGUACUGGACGGAUCGACGGGAAGCACCUCGGAGGAACGGGAAUGGUUCGAUAGGUGCAACCGAAAGCCGAAUGGGUUGCUGGAAAGGAAUGCGACUAACGAAUCUUCCCGGUAUAGUUUCGAUUCGGAUUUGGGUUCGGAGCUGGAGGAGGUUUACGAGAAGUUUGCAAAGUGGCUCGAAGAACCGAUCUGUAGUGAUAAACCGAAGAAGUUGGAUGCCCGGGAUGAAGCCGUAUUGCGGUUUGCCAAUUCGUUGUUGAAAAGAACUUUGAGUGAAAGUUUCGUUGGAAUCUCCCUGACGGACGACGGUAUGACUGAGGACAAGUGUGGGGAAGGAACUGUGAUCACCAGCAACGGGAGUCAGAAAGGCAAAGUGGUGCUGAACGUAAGAUCUCUGUCGUUGGAGUUGGCUAAGCAUAAGCACAAACUUGCGGCUCAAUUGCGCAAUGAGUAUCUCGCUUUGGAGCCGGCCAAGCUCUUCAAGUGUCCCAACAUUCAACUGAACCAAACUGACCAGCGAAGGUUACUGCGUCGAUUACGUUCCAGCAGCUCGAUCUGUUCCACCACGUCCGAAGUACGCCCGGUGGUUCCUCUACGGGCGAAAAAGAAGACCCGCAGGAAACCGUGCGAGCGGCAGACGUCGCUCAAAGUUCGACUGCAGAACUACAAACCGAACUGGUCCGUUUCCUACUAUCAGGACAUAAAAUGCGAUGAUGUUACGCUCAAGAUAUCACAACUAGCUCAGAAAAGAACGUUCAACGUGAACCUGAGACCGGUAGCUACCGGCAACUGGGGCUGCGGAGAUUCCAAACGAGGUGACGUCCAGCUGAAGAUGGUAAUACAGUGGAUGGCGGCCAGUGUUGCCGGACUGCCGUAUCUGAUCUACUACACCGCCGGAAGCGAUAAACUAUCCAAGCUGGACACCAUCUGUCGGAUUCUGAAAGAUCGUAAAUGGACCGUUGGGGAACUGGCCGCCGCUACGUUGCUGCACUCCAAAGAUAUUCUGGAGGAUCCAUUAUACUACAACAACGACCGAAGCUACAGUUCCUUUUUCGACAAAUUGAUUGGUUUCGAACGGGCUGGACAGUAAAAUGGAACGGGCACCCUGGUCUAGGAGCAGUCGAAAGCACAGAACAAACAAAAGACAACUGCUAUUUAAGGACAGAAAGUGAGAUAGAGACGAACAUAGCCAAGCGUAGCAUGUGAGAGAAAUCAUCAAACGAAAGCAAUAUUUACCAAUAUUAAACAAUGUACAGGAAAUGAAACAAACAAAUACACACUCACACACAUUAGACAAGGCAGGGAGUUUUGUAAAUAUGCGAAUGAUUAUACUUCAGAGCAAGCGUCACAUGCAGAAUCAGACGACAAAGUCUUCCUUCGAUGACUUAAAACUCAAAUAAGGGCAGUUCUUUUUACAUACAUGACAGACAAGAAUGCAAGUAGUGAUCUUAUUCGAUAGAUAGGCAUUACAAAAGACUUAUCUAAUUACCGUUUUAAACUCAGUGAAAUCGCUACGAAUGUGGCAAAACCAUUCACGUUUAGUUGUUCUGUCAAAAAUUUAGACGAUAUAAAAACAAACAUGUCAACUACUUCUCAAACCCUUGACAGUAAGCCAAACUAUGUACUAUUCUAUAUGCAUAAAAAUCGUAGAUAUAACUAUCAACAGCGGAUUCUACAAUAUCUGCACAAAAGAAACACAAAAAAUAUAUAUUAAAAAAAAACAAAACAAAAGUAUGAAUGUUAAUUUAGGCACUCUAUAUAUAGACUGUAUAAAACCGAAAUGCCAAUUUGUGUUAGCUUUUCAGUUUGAUAACAUACGUCUAAGUGUACUGGCUAUGUAGAAGGAAAAAUAAACAGAUUACCCCCAAAGGUUUUAGUUUCGACCCAGUCUAUACAUAUGAAGUGCCUAGGACCGGACCACUGAGCAGGCAACAAUAGCAACAGUUUGCAGAACGAAAACCGAUCACUUGUGAAAUAUUAUUAUACAAAACGUUUUAUAUAGAAUUAUACGCUUACCAAAGGAGAAAAUAAAAAAGGAUGCAAAUGAAUUCAGUU